AUGACCAAAGGGGAAAUGGAGUCGGUUGAAGUGUUCACGUCUGAAGGCAAAGGCAGGGGCUUGAAAGCCCAGAAGGAAUUUCUGCCUGGGGAUGUCAUCUUUGCAGAGCCAGCCUAUGCAGCCGUGGUGUUUGAUAGCCUGACACAUGUCAUCUGUCAUACCUGCUUCAAGAGGCAGGAGAGGCUCCACCGCUGCGGCCAGUGCAAGUUUGCCCACUACUGUGACCGGACCUGCCAGAGGGUGGCUUGGCUCAACCACAAAAAUGAGUGCUCGGCCAUCAAGAAGCAUGGCAAGGCACCCACCGAGAACAUCAGGCUGGCUGCCCACAUCAUGUGGAAGAUAGAGAGGGAAGGCAGUGGGCUGUCAGAGGGCUGCCUGGUCUCCAUCGAUGACCUGCAGAACCACGUGGACAACUUUGGCGAGGAGGAGAAGAAGGAGCUCCAUGCUGAUGUGCAGAGCUUCCUCGAGUUUUGGCCUCCCCAGAGCCAGCAGUUUGGCAUGCAGUACAUCUCCCACGUGUUUGGAGUG